ACGGCUCAAAGGCCCUGGAAGACUUAUAGACAGUGCUCUAUAUCAUUUGAUAGCAUUAGCAUAGGCAGCGAGAAUGCUUUUCGGUCAAAUACAACUCAACAGAACACUCGACGCAAAAAAUAUCUGUAACUUACUGAAAAGUGCCAGGUUAGUUACGGAAAUCUUAUUGGUAAUGAGACGGUGUCAAUUCUAACAGAGAGAAUAUAAUCAUCAAAUGUAGAGGUAUAUGGCAAAAAUUCUCUCGUACUAAUUACGAGCCACCUUGGUCUUUUUUGUAUGAUAUACCAAGAACUGAAUAACCAUGCCUUCUAGCAAGACCAAGAAGCGCUCCAAUAGAAUUGUGAUAAAUGUUGGUGGAGUACGACAUGAAACCUUUCUGAGUACGCUGAAGACCAUUCCAGAUACACGACUGUCUUAUCUUGGAGAACAUCACACCACAGUCGCUCGUACACCGGAAUAUGAUACCGUGAAGGAGGAGUACUUCUUCGACAGACACCCUGGGGUUUUCACGCAGAUCCUAAACUUUUACCGUACGGGGAAGCUUCACUGCCCUUCAGAUGUUUGUGGUCCCCUAUUUGAGGAAGAACUCAGCUUCUGGGGUAUCGAUGAACAGCAGGUGGAAACCUGCUGUUGGGAGAAUUAUAAGCAACACAAAGAAAAGCAAGAAAAAUUAAAAUAUUUCAAGCUUCCAGGUUACGAGGAGGACCCUGAGGAGAGAUUUCUGUCCGAGGAUUCGGGACUUUUCGAGGACGUUGAUGAAGUAAAAUCAUGGUGGUCUAGGUAUCAGCCCAAGAUCUGGAAGAGCCUCGAAGAACCUUACACGUCAUCCUGGGCAAAGCUGGUGGGAAUUGUCUCGUUUGUGGCAUUCACAGCUUACAUUAUCAAAUUCUCGUUAUCAACCCUGGAGUAUUUCAGCGACAAGACUGCUUCUCAAUACAUCGCUUUAUCAGUGACACACCUCGUAUGUAUCUCGUGGUUCACUAUGGACUUUGCUCUUAGGGUCCUGUUUUCGCCCAAUAAGCUCGCUUUUGUCAAAAGUCCCUACACGUGGACAGAUUUGAUACCUCUGGUGUUGUUAUACGUAUUCUUUUUCCAUCCAUCCAUGGAGGAGAUACCAUUUUUAGAGAUGCUUGUCAUGUUAAAAGCUGCGCGUAUUUUCCAGCUGUUUAAACUGUCAUACGUUCUCCAAGUGCUUGUUAAUACACUGAAGGCCAGUUCCCUCGAGCUGUGUCUCCUGCUGGUCAUUACUGGCUUCGUUAUGGUUGUGUUUGCAAGUAUUGUGUAUUAUCUGGAAAGAUAUGACUUUGAUAGCGACUUCAGAAGUGUCCCUGAAAGCAUGUGGUGGGCUGUCAUCACUAUGACAACGGUCGGCUACGGCGAAGUACAUCCUCGCACAGGGACUGGAAAGAUCGUUGGUAGCGCAUGCGCAAUAUUCGGGGUGCUGGUCAUUGCUUUACCAGUAUCAGUGGUUGCAAGUAACUUUUCCCUUUUUUACACAUACGCCAAAGCGAGGCUCAACCUACCGCCUAAAAAGAGGCGUAUAGCUUUUUCUCAUGCUCUUACGUCCAUGAGUAACCAGAGAUCACAAGAGGGACCUGAAAACAGCACACAUGCUAACUUUACAUCACUGUGCAGCGAGAGACAAACUGAACGAAGCUUUCCGUCGGAGAUUUCAAUAAGUUGUUCCGUAACUCCCAGAGGAAGCCUAAAGAAAUCCUCUUUUUGGUCGCUACGUUCGAUGUCCAAACUACUGAGACCGAAGAGACGAUCCAACGUGAGUCGGAGCAAGUCUUUGAAUUCUGUUCUUUCAGAUUACAAGUCGAUGAAGGAAGCACCCGCAGAAGGUAUUACGUUAAAAUUCGAGCCGCCUUCUAGAGUACCUUCCGUUGCUGAUAUAGCAAGAGACCAACCAGAAGGAGAGAACACUCUGCUUCAUGUGCCAGCGGAGGAAAGAAGAAAACAUUCAAUGAGAGAUUCUUUAAGGGAAAUCUCAAGGCCAUCCGCACUGAUAAACAAAUCACUAUACCCACUCCACCUUAGACGGGGAGCCGUGUCACCAGCCUCAUUCAGUCUAAAGAGUGCGUCCACAGCUUCUAGUUUAAACGCACUUCCAAGAGGUUACAAUGAGCUUUACAACGCACUUAGUGGAAAAGGACCUAUUAUUCUCUUGUCAGAUCAAGCCAGCGUGCAAAGCCUUUGCUCGAUCCACUCACGAAUGACUUGUUCGUGUUCAAGUCUGAGGAGCGCCGGAAGUGAUGGUACGAUUCCCGAUGUGAUUGGUGAGAACCGAACGCGCACAGGUAGUGAUGGAAAUUUUCCGUUAAGUCCCACCGAAAAGGCUGACGGGAUACAGGUAACAUUAACAGUACCCGUAGAGUCUCGUGGUAAGCGAAGAGAUAAUACCGAGAGCCGUGACAGCGUCAAGGAGGCCGACUACAAUCCCCUCGCACUGAAAGAACACAGCGUCAACGAGGCCGACUACAAUCCCCUCGCACUGAAAGAACACAGCGUCAACGAGGCCGACUACAAUCCCCUCGCACUGAAAGAACACAGCGUCAACGAGGCCGACUACAAUCCCCUCGCACUGAAAGAACACAGGAAAUGCAGAAAGCACGAUCACAAAAACAAAAGCGAUGAGGAUGAGUUUGUACCAGUUGAAUUUAUGACGAUACCAAAUGAAGAGCCGACGAGUUACGAUGGAAACCUUGGGAUCAUUUGUCAGAAAAAUACAGUCGAAUCACAAAACAUGGAUCAAAUCAAUUUAAAAUGGCAGCAUAAUCAGCAGCAAACAAGUCCUGCUAAGCCUAUUGUGGAGGAAAGAAGUCGGCCAAACAAGGAUAACCUCUCACGAGAAGAUGGUCAAGGAGAUGAUAACAUGCCAAUCGAGAAAGUUAUCCAAGACACUAAAUCACCAAUUAAACCUGUUCCAGUGAUAGGGCGGGCCGUGUCUGCCUUUUCUAUCAUGGAAUACAACAUUGGUAAAAACAUUCCGUCAUGUAACGAAGGAAGCCAACCAGUGGAGGAUAACACAACUCGUAACGACAUUGAGCGCAAAACUCCUAAGCGACGACACAGUGCCUUCACUCCAUGUCAUGACAACACCACACCACGUGGGGGACAUCUGAGCACAAGUUUUAUGAAAAACCACGUGAAUGAGCGUGAACCGCUAAUUAAUGGAAAUAUUAUGCGGGCUUAUGAUUCUAUUAAAGAAAAAGAAUUAGGAGACAACGACAACUCGCAAACCAUCGACGAUAAAGAUAUUCAAAACCCGAAAAGGAUGAGGAAAAGCGGCGUAAGUUCUUGUUACUUUGAAACAAAAUCUGAAAUUCAUAAAAGUAUUCCAUCAUUGGAGGAAAGUUUAAAUAUGACUAGUAAAAGUUUUGCAGACGAAUGUUCGAACCAAGAAAGAACAUUUCAGUCUUUGCAACCUUUUUCGUCAGACACGGAAUCAACAGACUCGGAGUGUAGACCUCUCCCCAUCGCAAAUGCCGAACACGAACAUGACAAAAUCAGGACAUCAAGGGUCUAACAAAUUUUUUCAGUUUAAUUCUGCCUGUAUUUUCCCUGUUUGUACACGUAAUUUCCAAUACAAGUUUUACUGAAUGCGAUCAAAAAUGAAAAAUUUUUUUUUUCAUGUAAAUACCUUUCGUUGGAUAACAACAACGCGCCGAUUAUGGUAAUAUGUAGCAACCAUGAUUAAAUAAGAAAAAAAUAUAUUCGCGUUGGACCUGGUCAUUUUGUAAAUUGAGGAAAGAAAGGACAUCAUUUUCAACAAGCAGCUUUUAUACUGUUGUAAGGCUUGGGUUACAAUAUAAUGAUAAAAAGAACAGACCAAAAAAAAAUCAGAAAAAUUAAACGAAGGUCAGUGCUAUUUCUCCAUAUCAUAUGACCCGUAUCAUAUGACCCGUAUCAUAUGACCCGUAUCAUAUGACCCGUAUCAUAUGACCCGUAUCAUAUGACCCGUAUCAUAUGACCCGUAUCAUAUGACCCGUAUCAUAUGACCSGUAUCUUUAGCAAAAAUAAAGGAGUGAUUAGUUUCAUUUACCUGUUUUUUCCUCUAAAGGAACGGUCGAGGUGUGUUUCUAAACGAUUUCCUUUCAAUUUAAAAUUAUAACACAGGGCCUCCGCUGAUGUCGGGAUUAAAAGACUGAUAGCGGUCACUGUCUCUAACCAUGUGCCAGUAUCGAUAAUUUAUUGCAAUACAUUAUCAAAGGGGAGCCCUUAAACAUUACCAAGAUAAUAUUAGGUUUAUCUCGGUCGUCAUUUUGAAUAUAUUAAAAACGAAAUAAAAAACAUGUGAACAGAAA